AUGGCCUCAAAGCCCACGCGGAGGCUGACGAGACAAUAUUCUGCCAAAUCAAGCCGGAGAUUGCGCAAACCUCAAGAGAGCUGCCACCGCAGAGCCGGCCAACCGGGCGGUGCCUCCUCCGUUUCCGACAAGCUGGAGGCCUUAAAGAGCCUCAUACCUACCGAUACCGAUGAGAUCAAGCCCGACCAACUUUAUGAAGAAACAGCCAACUACAUUGUGCUUCUCAAAACUCAGGUUUUUGUUUUGCAGAAAUUGAUUGAUUUUUCCGGAUCUCAGUCGCAUUCAAACCCAAAUGCUGUAUAG